UUUCGAAACCAGCGCUUAUUGCUUGCCGUUGCUACAGAGUAGAGCCUUGCUCAAAGCCCCCGUCGUACGUUCCUUCUCCUUUCCACUUUUCCCCUUAUAAUUAGAAUUACUUUAAAACUACCAUUUUGUCUGAAUACGUAAGGCAUUUAUAUUGUGUGGAGUAGUACUUCCGUACAGGACUAACUAUCCUACUCUUUGGUGCUUGGAGGACUGGGGACGGACAUAGCUCGAGGCAAAAUAUUAGUGGAAUCUUGAGGAGAUAUAUUGAUACCAGUAUGGAUGGAUAUGAGAUCUGUUAUGGCACUUUGUACGAUGCGGUUGCAAAGAUAUUAAUCAACACCGAGAUGCCCCGCGAAAUUGCCGGAGCGUUCAAAAUAUUUCCCCUACAGCGAAAGGACCAUUACUAUGCUCUCUACUCGGAAACUGGUGCUGAGAUCGGUAUCUUGGAUACGCGAACUAGCUCUAGUUUAGACGCUCUGAAAGAUUAUCCAAGGGCGCGGUUUGAAGCUGUAUUCUCGGCUCAAGCUUUCACCAAGCGCCGACACAAAGGGAAGCCAGGUUCGCAAUUGUUUCCGGUGUCGAUAAACAUUUUUGGAUUAAAAUCAGCAGCAAGCGAUGCAGCAAAUCGAUUGUCGAAUGCCUCUGCGUUUCUCCAACACCCUCAGUCAUUGCAUGAAGGGGCAGUAUACAACAAUCCACAGUUUCUAACAUUUGAUGAAAAUUUGAAUAUGAAUGGCUUUAUUGGCCAAGGUAGUGGGAAUAUGCUAAAUUCAAAAACAAAAAUUUCAGAAGAGAUAAGUAAUAUACUCGAGUCACUAACCGAUGUAACAACAGAGGAGGACUUAGAGCCGCCCAUCGGACUAACUUCAAAAUUGAAAAGGCAUCAAGGAGAUGGUUUACGUUUUAUAUAUCAGAGGGAAAAUGAAAUAUUUACCCAGACACUAUCGGCACGGCUAUGUCACGCGGCUUCAAUUAAGGCCGAGAUACUAUUAUUUACAUCUUUUGGGGGGCUGAUCGCGGAUACAAUGGGACUCGGGAAGACCCUUACCAUGCUUGCGGCAGUUUUGCGUUCCGUACCAGCUGCGAGGCUUUUCGGCAGUUUUUACGACAAACCUGAAGAUGAACGUACAGGAAAGGCGCGCACGAAGGCGACUUUAAUAAUUGUGCCAUCGUCUCAACUUCUCGAGAGCUGGCAAGCUGAGAUACAGACCCAUAUCUUCCCAGGAGCUCUUAGCUUUACCUGUUUCCAUGGGAAAAAGCGGCCUCGAAAUAAUGAGAUGUUGAGUUCAUUUGACGUGGUAUUGACUACGUAUGCAACACUCGCCGCCGACUACGCCGAUCAAGGUAUCCUCCACCAGAUGGAGUGGUAUCGUGUGGUAUUAGAUGAAGCCCAUUGGAUAAAGAACUCUAGUACUCGACAAUUCCAGGCAUCAGCAGCACUAUGCACCAAAAGGAGAUGGUGCCUUACAGGCACUCCUAUUCAAAAUAAGCUAGAAGAUCUAGCCUCUUUGGCCCAGUUCCUACAACUUCCAAACAUAGCCACCAAAGUAGCUUUCCAAAGACAUAUUCUAAGUCCGCUCUCUGAAGGCGGUGCAGACUUCGCAAAGCCCCUUCGAGCGUAUCUUAAGGCCUACUGUCUUCGUAGAAGUGAAAAGUGUCUGAACUUACCUGCCUCUUCCGAGGUAAACAUAACGCUUAGACUUUCACUAGACGAACAGUGUCUUUACAAAUGUCUACUUGACGAGACAAGACGACAAAUUGACUCUCUUGUUAGCAAGGGAGUUGAAACUCGGUCUAACAAACUAUUCACGGCUAUGCUAAAGCUACGCAUGCUUUGCAACUCGGGGACAUUCUCUUCGGCCCGUAGUAACGCCUCUCCCCUGGAACUGGAACAGUCCUAUCCCGAGACUGAGUGCGAGCAUUGCCAACCUUCUAGCGAGGAGGCACGUUUAGUUCAAGACGGCUGUUCGGUAUGCUCGUAUUGUGGGAAACCGUUAUACCGUCCCAGUCCCAGCCCUAUGCAAGACUCAGGACAGAUGAGCGAUGCGGGAACUAUCAGCGAUGGUGCGAACACGCCAACUAGCAAGGGAACUCAAGCCAUAGUAGAUCAAGCAAACCCCUUCUUGUUAACAGGUUACUCUACGAAGCUUUCUGCCGUGGUUCAAAAGGUAGCAGAAGGUGGGACGGAUAACAAGAGUAUUGUAUUUUCCUACUGGACGUCGACUUUAGAUAUCCUACGCUGGUUAUUCGAGCAGGCCGGGAUUUCUUGUCGGCAAGUAGACGGCAGAGUAGGCCCGGUAGAAAGAUCUGCACGUCUGAGAGCGUUCAAAGAAGACCCCCAAGUCCACGUCCUCCUCAUGUCCAUUGGUACUGGUGCAGUCGGGUUGAAUCUCGCCGUUGCCAAGCAGGUGCACAUUGUCGAACCUCAAUGGAACCCUUCGGUGGAAGAACAGGCGAUCGCACGAGCGUUACGUAUGGGCCAGACUCGAGAAGUCACGAUUUUUCGAUACAUUAUGGAGAAAACUGUAGAGCAGAAUAUCGUCAGUCUCCAAAGGAAGAAGAAACAUAUUGCAAAGUUUACUUUCGACGCGGAGACGCAAGAAACUCAAUCCGGGGCACUUGAAGAUCUCAAGUUUGUGUUAGACAUGGGCUCCGUCUAGACAGGGGGCUGGGGAUGAUGGUCGGUAGUAUUCGCUGGGGCUGUUGACCGCUCAAUUUCGUCGUAAGGAUUCUUGGCCAUUUCAUGUUACUUGGGCCUCGUAAAGAUACUUCCCAUCCUUUACAUGUUUCCGCAUUCUGAGUUUUCUCCAUACUAUCCCUUAAUUUUCAUUCGAAUUUCAGAGCACUGAAAUGGGGUGACGAAAGAUACUGAUGACCCCCUUCCCCAAUGAUGUAUGGCCACUAAACACAUUAGUUCCUCCAUAUGCAGUCCUAGCCUAUUACCAAACUCUUCUCCUUUUCUUAGGAAUUUAUGAUUUGUUUGAUUU